AUGGCCAUGGCAGAUGCUCGAUACGGAGACAUUGAUUCUAUUUUCGACUCUCGCGAUGGAGGCAUAUGGUCGCGGGUUCGCUGCUCGGGGUCUGCAUGGGCGGUUCCUGGCAACGGACACCAUUUCCGAUUGAGGUUUAGCCUUUGUAGACUAGAGAGAGGGCGUAGAGAGCUCCCCAAAGUUGGGAAGUCGAGGUCGAGCGAACGGUGGGGUUUCAGGGUGAGACGAGGCCAAAAUAGGGUUUGGCUCGAAACAGCGGGUCCUCAUUGGAUGGGCUAUUCUUAGCUCGGGGGAGAUAGAAGAAAGGGGUGUGAAUUUGUGGAUAUGAGAAUAGUAACCGCAACCGAGUAUACACAGGAGAUGAAUAAGGUCGAAGCUGU